GUGGGGGGGUCGCCUGGUGCCGAAGCGGGCUGCUUCCGAGCGCUGCUGCGUCUUAGGGAAGAGAUCCUGAAAGAGGCCUUGGGGCCUUCUCCGGGGGGUCUCUGGACGCUGCUGCCUCGGCAAAAACGUUCCCCAGCGGUUGCAGAUGCGAGCAAGUCGUGGUUAGAUGGUUGGCGUGAUGGACCUCUGCGUAGGUGGCGUCCGAACUGCAGGUUCUGGCGUGCCUGGUAUCUCGACUAAGCAGCUGGGCUGUCGAGGAGUUGGCUUUGUUUCUUCUGGGGAAGUGUUUAGGCUUCUCAUUUACCCCCAUCUCCAAGUCGUAAAACCUGGAUUCUCUGAUGCCUUCGGUGAGGGUAAACACGAUAUUGUAUUUUAUGGUAUUGAGGAGGAAAAAAAAAAAAGUAUGCUUUUUCAGCUGCAGUAUAACUAUCUAAUUCUGAGCUGAAAAACCAACUGAAUAGGCUUUCUUCACGUUUUGAGGUGGUCUGUCUCUGGCCUCAAAAUAACCUUCAGUUUUUCUGGGCAAUAGGUAUAUAAUUCAGAAAGCUAUAAAUUAAUGGAAAAUACUUUAUAUCAAGGUGUAAUGUUUAAAUUCUCCACUUGUGUUCUUUAUUUCUGUAACAUAGCAUGAGCUAUAGUUUAAAAGAAAAAAAGAUAAAUCUUGAACACAUCACAGUAGCUGAAAUUGGCUUUCAUGUACUUAUAUUUUUCUCAUAAAGUGCAUGUAAUUGUUGUUUGAAAUGUGUCAGUGCUUCGUUUUAUGGAAGUGAAUGGAAGACGGUUUCGUAGGUCUGAUUUUACCAGCAAUGCUUUUUCCAUAGGAAAGUAGUAUUACUGGAAGCCCAAACCUUAAAACUGGAAGGAAGAAACUGAGAAGCAAUAUGUCAGUGAGACUGUCAGCUAGUAGUCAGUGGAAUUAAAUUCUAUUAAAAAAAUAAAUAAAUUGGUGCUUCUUCAGCUAAAGCAAAGCUUGGAGCAUUAACAGCUUGAGUUGUUUGUACAGGAGGGUUUGGUUAGACAGAAGCUUGCUCAUGUGCAUCAGGUCCCCUGCCAGGGUCUUCAGCAGAAACACAUUGCAAAGGUGCUAUAGAGCGUGCCUGAAAAAGAUAUUUUUUAUGGAUUGUGUCUUUGUGUGUGUGCACAGGUGUGAAUGUUCCUGUAUGUAUUUGUACAUGGAUGCCUCUCGCCUAACUCAGCAGCUGAUAAGUUUGGGUUUGUGUUUAGAUAUUAUUCUCAAGACACUAUUUUCUCUUUUCAGGCUUUGAUUUGUGCUUUAGACUCAUAACACAUAUUUCUCUGGAGCUGAUGUUUUCCUAACACUUUCAGCUUGGCUCAAAAAGCUGUUUUGUGGGGAUGUUUUAAAGGGUUAAAAGCCCUUUAGGAUUUGAAGUUAUUUUAAUUAGAACAAAUACUUCUGGCUUCGCUGAAGAAAUAACUGGAAUCAUGGAUCAGAACAACAGCUUGCCGCCCUAUGCUCAAGGCUUAGCCUCCCCUCAGGGUGCAAUGACUCCAGGAAUUCCAAUUUUUAGCCCAAUGAUGCCAUAUGGCACAGGACUGACACCACAGCCUGUCCAGAGCACCAACAGUCUGUCCAUCCUAGAGGAACAGCAGCGGCAACAGCAGCAGCAACAAGCAGCACAGCAGUCUACAUCACAGCAAGCCACACAGGGAACAUCUGGUCAAACUCCCCAGCUCUUCCACUCACAGACUCUUACCACAGCCCCUUUACCAGGAACCACACCUCUGUACCCCUCCCCAAUGACUCCCAUGACUCCAAUAACUCCUGCAACACCAGCAUCUGAGAGCUCUGGGAUAGUGCCACAGCUACAGAAUAUUGUGUCCACGGUGAAUCUUGGUUGCAAACUUGACCUAAAAACGAUUGCGCUUCGUGCCCGAAAUGCUGAAUAUAAUCCCAAGCGUUUUGCUGCUGUCAUUAUGAGAAUAAGAGAACCACGUACCACUGCACUUAUAUUCAGCUCUGGAAAAAUGGUGUGCACAGGAGCAAAAAGUGAAGAGCAGUCGAGACUGGCAGCAAGGAAGUAUGCAAGAGUUGUUCAGAAACUGGGUUUUCCUGCAAAAUUUUUGGAUUUUAAAAUUCAGAACAUGGUGGGCAGCUGUGAUGUGAAAUUUCCUAUCAGAUUAGAAGGAUUGGUACUCACACACCAGCAGUUCAGCAGCUAUGAGCCAGAAUUGUUUCCUGGCUUAAUCUACAGAAUGAUCAAGCCAAGAAUUGUUCUGCUUAUUUUUGUUUCUGGUAAAGUGGUUUUAACUGGUGCUAAAGUACGAGCAGAAAUCUAUGAAGCAUUUGAAAAUAUCUAUCCUAUUUUAAAGGGAUUCAGAAAGACAACGUAACAGUUUCUACAUCUUUUGGAGAAAUCAGGGGUACAUUUUAAAAGGUUUUGUGUAUGGCACAGCAGUAACAGGAGAUGGACUAUCAGUGAAGCUGCAACACCAGGACUUGGACUAUUUCCCAGUUAGUGCCUACUUCCCUGAUGCUCAAGGGGAUCUGUGUUAUUGGUUAUGUCUACUGAGUUACUGUGAGUUGCUUUACUGGGCUGUUCCUGGAGCAGUCUCUCCCAAGUUUUAUUUAUAUGCUAGCUUUUAAAUAGUUUUAAUGCCAGUUCUAUUAAUAGAAAACUCCUAAGUUGGUUUAAAAGACAAAUGCAACAGUGUCACUCAGUGUAUAAACCACUUAAAUUGCCAUGUAUAUAUAUGUUUUAACUUCCUUCCAUAAGACCAUGGUUUUUAUAAUUUUCAGAACUUAAGCUUUUAAUUUUUUUCAAUUUUAAAUUUCUUUGGUGCCAGACACAUUCCCUCUUUCCAGUAUUAAGCAAGACAGAAUAAAAUUAUUAAUGAAAAUGGCUCACUGUACAUAUAUAUAUAAUAUAUACCUUCCUUCUUCUUCCUCCUUCAGCUCCACAUGUACAAUAAACCCUGUUUAUACAA